AUGAAUAAUAAUAAUAGGAAUAAUAAAAACAGAAACAAUAAUAUCCGAAACAAAAGGCAACAACAGCAAGCGAAUAACAAAAAUGAAAAUAUACAUAUACCAAGGUAUAUUAGAAACCAACCAUGGUAUUACAAGGAUAAUCCAAAAGAGCAGGAGGAGAAAGAUGCUACUAAGGAUAGUAUAGACCCUCCAGAAAAAGGAAAAAAAGGCGAUUACUUAUUGCAUCAUAGACAAAGAGCAAAGGGGGGAGCUUUAGACAUAGAUAACAAUUCAGAACCGAAAAUUGGUUUGGGUAUAAAUGAUGAAUUUGAGGUGAUAAAAUUGCGGAAAACACACAUUAGGGAUACAAACUUGUCAAAGUACUGUAAAAACUGCGGCGAAACAGGACAUACGGGGAAGGAUUGCAUGGAAAAGCCCAGAAAGGCGCAGAAGACAACUCCAGAUUCUCGUUCAAACAUUAGCAAGGAUACUGUUCUAAUACGAGGCACCAAUGAUGACUGGGACUCCAGGAAGGAUAGGUGGUACGGUUACUCAGGUAAAGAAUACAAUGAGCUGAUCCGUAAGUGGGAGCAAGACAAACGUAAUAAGGAUAAGGGCCAAUCUCAAGCUGAUGAUGCACUUUGGGAUACAGACGAAGAGAUAGAACUUAUAAAGUUAGAGCUUUACAAGGACGCUGUAGGUUCAUUGAAAAAAGACGACUCUGAAAACUCCCAAUUAUAUAGGGCAUCGACGAGGUUAAGAGAAGAUAAAGCUGCAUACUUGAAUGACAUAAAUUCAACGGAGAGUAAUUAUGACCCUAAAUCAAGACUAUACAAGAGUGAGACACUGGGAUCCGUUGACGAAAAAUCGAAGAUGUUCCGCAGGCAUUUGACAGGUGAGGGUUUGAAAUUGAGCGAAUUGAACCAAUUUGCCAGAUCCCAUGCUAAGGAGAUGGGCGUACGUGACGAAGUUGAGGAUAAAGAAAAAAUACAGCAUGUAUUAGUGGCCAAUCCUACAAAAUACGAAUAUUUGAUGAAAAAGCAAGAGCAAGAAGACGCCAAUGAGCCCAAAACAGUCAGUGUAAGUGAACUGGAAGCCAAGAAAGUGGAUGGUACAAAGCAAUCAGAAGAACAACGCAAACGCUUAAGAGAUCUCUAUGGCUAG